ACGCGCGGCUUCGCUUCACUUCGUUUCGCUUUCCAUGUGGAGUAUCGAAAAAUCCAUUACUCGACUACUAACUUUCUUUCUCACGCGUAUCUUCCCCCUCCCACUCCUCCUUCCUCAUAACAAAAUCGUAUUACAAUAGAUAAACUAUACUUCUUCUAAUAAUAAUCUAUAAAAACAAAUUGUAAUCUGAAGAAGAAGAAGAAGAACAGUAACAAGGAACAAUUUUGGGAAGAAAUCAUUGAUACAAUAGAAAAGGAAGCAUUUGUACGAAGAAAACUUCACAUAAAUAUCCUCGUUGAUUAUGGAAAGUUGAACGAAAAUGGUGUUGAGCGUGUUGCUGCCUCUACUACUUGUAACAACUUUAAUUUAUCUCAUACAUACUACUGAUGCAGUAAAUACUAUAACCACCACCACCACCACUACCACUACCACUACGGUAGAAAAUGGAAAAAAUGAUGAUGAUGAUGGUACGAAGGAUGUUAUCAGACGUGGUGAACGCGUGACAGAUAUCCUUGCACAAAAUGGUGGUACUGCUGUACUUCCUUGCAUGUUUACUCAUCCUGGUAUAGUAACAUGGAUAAGAAGGAAGGAUAAACAACUUUUAACAUUAGGGAGAAUCACGUAUUCCAUAGACACGAGAUUUAUCGUCUUACCCGAUAAACCUAAUUGGAAUUUAUGGAUUAAGAAUGUUAAACACGAGGACGGUGGUAUCUACGAGUGCCACAUACAAACGGAACCAAUGAAACAACGAUUGAUUCGUUUAAACAUUACCGAAGCUUACUCCGUCAUACCUGGAAGUCCAGAUCUACAUAUAAAACAGGGCUCGAACUUACGUUUGGAAUGUCGAUUGAUGGCAUCUGCUGAAACACCUAGUUACAUAUUCUGGUAUCGUGAUGAUCGUAUGAUCAAUUAUGAUAACGAGCCUGGAGUUAAAGUCGAGGCUACGAAAAAUGGUUCAAUUCUUCUAGUAGACAAAGUUAGAUUAUCCCAUGGUGCUAAUUAUACUUGUUCGCCGAGCAAUGCAAAGCCAAGUUACAUCAGGAUACACGUUAUCGAAGAAGAAGAAAAUCCAGCAGCCAUGUACGGUGGUAGCGAGAGAAGAAAUUCAACGUCGAAUACGAGGAACAACGUUUGGUCCAUUUAUAUUCUCCUUUUAUUUUCUGUAGGAGCUUUCGAGUUAGUCUUUCGGAAAAAUUCCUUAUCAACUACGUGACUGUCAAUUUAAAUAAAUCUAGGUAUAUACAUAGGAUCGUUGUAAGUUUUACCAAACAUUAAUAAUAAUAGUAACAAUCAUCAUCAUCGUAAUAAUAUCAUUUAUUCUCAU